GCCCCCCCCUCCUAAAUUCUCCACGGUGAAGGUUACCCCCACUGAAAAAUCCCCAGAUGCACGUCCCUUAGAUGCACAGUCCCUAGAGUGGAGCACGGUGAAAGGUAAGAAACCCACCCCCUCCAAGACCUCGACGCUGCCCUCACCCCGGAAGAUCGCCACACCCCCUGCGGCGAAACCCCCGAAAGGGGGAGACGCCACUUAUAAGGGUGGUGUGGCACGGGCGUCAUCCUCCUCUUCGGGCUUGCAGGAGGCCCCGGUGCCCGUAUCUAACAGGUACGAGGCACUGUCCUCCAGCUGGGCUGACUGUGAGUACGAGGAGGAGAUGGCGAACCUCCCCGAGGUGGUGGCAAGGGUUGAGGUGGGACAGGAGGUGCUUCUGAGAGACGACGGGCCACUGUAUCCUGGAGUCUCAGUGAAGAGGUUCCUCGGUUCCGACACGGAGGAGGAGGGGUACCGCAGAAGGAAGGGAAAGUCUCCUUAUACUUAA